CUUUGAUAUAUAUACAUGUGACACAGAAGGUGGGACAUAUUCUUUCAGUCUUACUAGUCUGUCCAGUUUUUUUCUCCUAUUUCUCAACAGGCAGCUGCACCGUACCUGUCUUCUCAUGAUCUUUCACAUCUGAUCACUCAUUAACAAGAGCUGAUGGUCUGAUUGCUAGUUGCUACACAAGAAAACACCCAUCUACACAAUUUUUGGUGAAAACCUUCUCCGUGAGAACUUUCAGAGACUUUCUGGAUUUGCUUGAAGGAAAGGAUGAGCAUGUUUCUGUGCCUUGUCGCCCCUCCGUUGGGAUUAUACGCAUUGAUCACGAAGUAUCUGCUGAAGAACCCACACCAUCUCCACUGGAGGAAGCAAACAGCUUUCUACUGCACUCACAUUUCACAUCGAGGAGGAUCAGGAGAGAGGAUAGAAAGCACCAUUGAGGCAUUCACAAAUGCAGUAGAACAGGGCACAGAGAUGCUGGAGUUGGACUGUCACUUGACAAACGACGGAUAUGUGGUGGUUUCUCACGAUGAGAACCUGCUGAGGCAGACGGGCCACGACGUCACCAUCUCCUCACUCAAUCUGAAGGAUGUGCCUCAGUACAAGGAGACACUGGAUGUGACUUUCUACACAGGCCGCUGCAGCACUGGCACAGACAGGACGAUUGCUCUUCUGGAGGAUGUGUUCAAGAAGUUCCCCAAGAUCCCUAUCAGCAUUGAGAUCAAGGAGAACAACCACCAGCUGAUGCAAGAGGUGUCAAACAUGGUUAAACGCUACGACAGGGAGGGCAUCACUGUGUGGGCUUCCGAGAGCUCCGCCAUCAUGAAAAAGUGCCGCAGUAUCAACAGCUCUAUGCCCUACAAUUUCUCAAAGAAUCGCGGCAUCCUACUUCUGCUUCUCUUCUACACUGGCCUCCUGCCCUUUGUCCCGCUGGGAGAGAGCCUACUGCAGUUCUACCUGCCCCGCAUCAUUAACAGGACCUACAUUCCUGAAGAGAGCAUCAUGAAGAAAAGCCUAAUUGUUUCUUUAAUUGAUAAAAUAACAAUGAAAAAAAGCCUUUUUAAACACCUUGCAGCCCGUGGAAUACAGGUGCAUUUAUUUGUUUGCAAUAAAGAGGAAGACAUCAAGACAGCAUUUGAACUGGGAGCCACAGGAGUCAUGACUGAUUAUCCAACUCUGCUCACAAGUUACAUCCGCAGACACAGGAGUCAGAAUUGAUCCCAAUGACCAAGAAAAACAACGGCAGUGUUCCAAUGAAAAGAUUACUACAGAAACACAAAAGACUAAAAGAAACACUGCCAGACGAAGGGGGAAAUCCUUGCAUCCAACCCUGACAGGACGAGCACCGGGUCAUAUUGUGACACAGCGAGCUGAUCAACAAGAACAAGAGUUUCAUUCAGUUCUGUAAUCAUGCAGAGCACUUCAUCACUGCUGACUGUGUGAUCAUGUCUACUGUGUGUAUAUACUCAGAUCAGUAUGUAAAGAAACAAUGAGCAUUGUCAGCAUUGAAUGUUUAACCAGCUGGAGCCUGUCACCUGACAACCUGUGAUAAGACACUAAAAUAAACACAGCUUUGUUUUGA